AUGAAAAUUUAUAAUUAUAUAUUUGGGAGUAUAGUAGAUUCGUAUCAUCACAUUGAAAAAAUUAAAAAUAUUUUUGAAUAUAGUAGAAUUAACAAAUAUUUUAAAGAAAUAAAUAUACUGAAUAAAUAUCUUAAUAAUUAUAAAUUAGGAAUUGAAGAAAAUAGAAAUAAAAUUAAAAAAGAUGUUCAUUUAAUAUUAAGGAACAAUUAUUUAAGGUUUGAAAAAAAUAUAGAAGAUGAAUUGAUAUUAAUGAAUAGAUAUAUAUACUUUGAAGUUAAGAGUGAAGAUUAUGUUAUGAUAUGUAGGAAAAAAGUAAAAAGAAAACAUAUUAAUAAUUUUGAUUUUUAUCAGAAUAAAUCAAUUAAUGAAUUAAAAAAUGAGAAGAUUAUUUCUAAUUUAGUAUCAGAAAUUAUAGCUAUAUUUCCAAUAAAUUUCAAUAUAAAAUUUUUUAAAAUACAUAGAAAUAAUUUCUUUUCAUUUAUAAUUGAAAGAAAUGAUAACCAUUUGAAUUAUUGUUAUAUAUUUAAAAAUUCUGUUCCUAUUAAAGAUUCAAAUAUUGAUAAUAUUGAUUCUAAUUAUAUUUUGAAAAAUAUUUGUAGCGAAAAUGAAGUAAUAAAUAAUUUGAAAAAAAAGAAAAGAAAAGAUGAAAAAAAUGAGCUACAAAAAAAAAGAUUUCUGAAAAAAGAAAAUAUAUAUAACAAUAGAAAUAAUGGAAUUAUAGAAAAAAAUAAUAUAGACGAAUGUUAUGAUAAAUAUAACUAUAAUUGUAAUGGUAAUGGUAAUAAUUUGUAUAAAAUAAAAUUUUCUAUGAUAUCAAAAUGUAUCUACUUAAAAGAUGGUAUACAAAACAUGGAAUUUAUACCAUUAAAAAAUAAAAUAGAUUUUUUAUCUACUGAAUUAAAUAAUAAAUAUAGAUGUGAUAAAUGUUAUUUGAACUGUUCUAUUAAUGAUAAGAAGCUAAUAUUCGAAGAAAAACAAAAAGAAUAUUUUUUGAAUUUAUACAAAAGUAAAGAUAAGAAGAAAAUUUUUCUUUUGAGUGGAAGUCAUUUACAUAAUAAAUUAUUUUUUCUUCAUAUAAAUUAUAAAAAAAGUAAUAAUUAUCAAAUAAAUUUUAUUCAAUUUAAAUGUUCCUUUUUAAGGGGGAAAUGUUUUAUGGAGAAUUUUUAUCAUUAUAUUAUUUUUAUAUACCAAAAUGGUAGCAAUAUAGAUAUAUAUUUUAUGAAUGAUAAUAACUUAAAUUAUAUUCUAGAAAAAAAAAAGAAAAAAAAAGAUGUCCUAUAUUCUCAUAAGUAUAUUGUUUUUUUAAGAAGAGAAAUAAUGCAAAUAGAUAAUUUUUUAAAAAAAAUAAUAACAUUAGAAAAUUACACCUUACAAGAUUUUGAUUUCACUAAAUAUGGUUUAAUUCUUUACUUAUAUAAAUAUUUUUUAAAACCAUAUAUAUGUGUAUUAUAUUUAUUUAGAAAACACGUUUAUUUAAUUAAUAAUAAUAUUAAUAAUGGCAAUAAUUAUAAUACUAAAACAGUAAAAUCUAAAAUUUUAAAAAAAAAGAAUAAUGAAAAAGAAAAUAGAUUAAUUGCAAAAUUAAAAAUGUUUAUCCUUCCUAUUAAAAAGGGAAGUAUAAUAUGUGGUAUUAAUAAUAUUUUUGAGAAUCCUUUUAUAAAUUUUUAUAUAUCAAAUACAUUUAUAAAUAAUAUUAAUUUGGUAAUAAAUUUAAGGAAAUGCUUAAUUGCAUUACCUAAAAAUAUAUAUAAAGAUAAAGAGUUUUUUUUUAAAAAUAAAAAUAUUCUUUAUGAUAAUGAACUUGAAGAAAUUUUUAAAAAAAAUAAAGAAUUCGAUAUAAUCGAUGUAUUUAUAAAUUCAAGAGAUAAUAAAAAAAUUCCUAUUACCUUAAUCUAUAAAAAAAUUAAUAAUAAUAAUAUAUAUAGUAUGGAUAAAGUUUAUAAAAACUUCCAUCAAUAUGUAAUUGAAGAGAGUAAUGAAAAAGGAUAUAAAAAUAAUAUAACUACUAAUUAUUACAGUAUUUUUAAAAGUCAUCUACCUUUUUUUGCUAAUUCUAGUAAGGCAAUUAUUAAUGUUUAUCCAUUUUAUAAUGAGAUAAAUAUAUGUAAUUACACUGAUGAAUAUUAUUUUUAUCUUUUGAAUAAUUUUGUUAUUAUUUAUUUACAUUUAAGAGGGUCUGGAGGGAUUCAAAUGAAAAAGGAUAAGAAUAUAUCAAGAACUUAUGAAAAAAUAAAAAUGAUUCAUGACUUAAUUGAUUGUAUUAAUUUUAUUAAAUAUAAAAACAUAAGCGACACACAAAAUAUUUCCUUAUAUUUAUAUUCUAAUAGUGGAUUAUUUGGAGGUUAUAUAUUAAAUCAUUUAAAAAAAUUUGUUCAAAAUAUUAUUUUUAUAAAUCCUUUUUUAGAUUUUUUUAAUAAUUUAACAAAUUUUAAUAAUCCAUAUGUCAAAUCAGAAAUGCUUGUUUUUGGUUAUAUGGAUGGUAAUUCACUUCUUUUAAGAAAUAACACGAUAGAAAUAUACCAAAAGAAAAAAAAAAAAAAAAAAAAAUCAUGUUGUGUGUUAAUGGGAAAAAAUACCAAUAGUUUCCCAUUUCUGAGAAUGUAUAAAAAGUGUGUAUUUAUAAAAGGAAAACACAAAAAUUUUAAAAAACAUAUAAAUAGCUAUAAAAAAAUAAAAUUCAAAAAUUUUAUAAAUAAUAUUAAAAAUAACUUAUUCUUUUUAUAUUCUUUUUGUCCUUACUUUAAUAUAACACCAAAUUAUUCUGAAGUUUUUACAAAUGAAAAAAAACAUAAAAAUGAAUUAAUUUUCAUAAAUGAAAGGAAUAAUAUUCCAUUAAAAAAUAGAACUAUUUUAUUUUUAAACAAAUAUGAUGUAAUAUGCCCAAAUUAUAAUUCAAUUAAAUACUUUUUAAAAUAUUUGAAUUAUAAAAAAAUAGAUAUAAAAAAUUACUAUUUUGUAAAAACAGAUUUAACAUUAAUAAAUAAAAAAAUGAAUUUUUUAAACUAUCAUAAUUCUCAUAAUCAUAAAGGUGAUUUUUAUAUUUCAUAUUCAAAGAGAGGUGGGCACAGCGGAUUUAAUAGUUACUUAUCAUUUUUAAAUCAGACAAUAGAUAAAAUAUAUUUUCAUAUUUUUAAAAACUAA